GUGAAUUUGUAGUCGUGCUUUUACCGGCAGUGAUGGAGUUUGCGUGAAGAAAUGGCCGCUUGCGGUUCGGAUGUUUUCUGAAGAGAGGGGACUGCUCAGAGUGUAAAGGGGAGCAAGAAGACCAACAGAGCAUUGCUUGGGUGGUCGAUUUUGUUGUACUUGCCUUUUGGCAUAGUUCUUUGCACGUGUUACUGUGGGGUGUCACUACUGGCAGGGGACACGGUUAGCGGUCCGCGGCCACGUUUCUAUCCCGCUCUCUUCAGUUGGGUCUCGGCCUGCUGACAUCCAGGCCAUGGAUGGCGAUGUGGGAUUCCUUAAUGCACAGCCGGGGUGUCUCUCUCCUUCGCCGGGCAGACAAGGCUCGGGGCAGUUGCCUGUGCCGCAGCCACCCCCGCCACCUCCUCCUCCGCCGCCUCCUGGACCUCUUGCGGCAGACAAUAGCUGCGAUGGGGGCCAUUUUGCCAGCACUGUUCGUCGGCAGUCCAGGAUGCGCAGCUUCAACUGGGACACCCUCCCGCGACACAGAGUGCUAGGCAAGCGCAAUGUGUGGACGGCGUGCCGCGCCCUGGAGGACUUCCAGCUUGACACCAAGCGUAUUGAGGAACUGUUCAGCCGUAGAGAGGCCACGCAGUCUGAGGAUGGCACGGGAAGCCUCAGGAAGAGCAUGUGGGGGUCCUCACUGCCUUCUCUGUCAACGGAAUGGAUCUCCAUUCUUAGUUCCAAACGGAGCAUGAACAUUGGGAUUUUCCUGAAACAGUUCAAGAGGCCAGUGAGGGAUAUGGUGAAGGACAUCCGGCAAGGUAACUGGAUGGCCUUUGGGACUGGAAAACUGAAGGAGCUGUGCAAGCUACUUCCUGAAGAGGAGGAGGUGAAGGUGUUGCAUGCAUUUACUGGCAGUCUGUCCCAGCUUGCCGAAGCAGAUCUGUUCAUGACUAUGUUGGUAAAGGUGCCGAACUAUGAGGAGCGGAUCCAUGUCAUGGUCCUCAGGGAGGAAUUCUUCCCUGUCAUUGAAGACUUGAAGCAGGCCAUUAGAACCAUGACCAUGGCUGCAAAUGAACUGCUAGACUGCGAUGAUCUGCACUCUGUCAUUCGCUUGGUCUUGAAGGCGGGCAACUAUAUGAAUGCAGGUGGCUAUGCAGGAAGUGCAAUUGGCUUCAGGAUGUCUUCCCUGCUGAAGCUGGUAGACACCAAGGCCAACAAGCCAGGCAUGAAUCUGAUGCAUUAUGUGGCCAUGCAAGCACAGGAGAUCGAUGUCUCUCUGCUGAAGUUCCCAGAUCAGCUUCCUCAUAUUGGAGAAGCAGCAAGGAUCAGUAAACAGGAAGUAGAGAUGGAUUUCCAGAAGGAGGCGGAAAAGGUUCUGGAGGCACAGCAGAUCAUCAGGCAACAGAAGGAGCUACAGGUGCAAAUGGAGGGCUUCCUUAAGAGAGCACAGUCUAAAUUGGCUGAAGUGGAGGCCUCUCUCCAGACCCUGAGGUCAGUGAGCAAUGCUGUGGCAGAAUACUUCUGUGAGGACCCCACCCUCUUCAAACUGGAUGAGUGCUGCUCCAUCUUCCAUUCCUUCUGUGAAAGGUUUGCACGUGCCCUGAAGGAGAACCAUGAACAUCAGGCAGCAGAGGCUCGUAGGAGGCAGCAGGAGCGACAGCGCUCCAUUGCCAAGCGCCGUUCCACAGCCACCUGCUCUGGCACAGACAAGGAUGUGGACGGUAUGGCCCUGGAAGCCCUUCUGCACAGCUUCUUGACCAACCAAGGAUCUCGUAAGAAAGCAGGGCAGCACUCACAGCCUGUGGUCAGCAGCCUGAAAGAGUUCUGUGAGGUAGAGAUGACUGCUGAUAACCGGGAGGCAUGGCUUAGCAAGUGGUGUUCAACCCAGGAUCUAGCAGAUGGACAGCAUACUGGAGAUACAAGUGAAAAGUGGAGAGUGAGUACAGGACAAGAGAGAUUGUCCUCUAUUAAUGACAAGCUGACCCCUAAAUGUCGUGACCCACGGGGUCAGGGUUUGCUGCCCAGGAGGAAUGGCAAUAUGCCCACCUCUUUCUCUUUGGUGGAGGGGGAAGAGGAAGUGGAAGAAAAUGUAGAGGAGUGUUUUUGGAUGAGGGAGACCCCUAGCAAGACAUCACACCACCCUGGGCCAAGCAGCUUGUUUCUUGAAGGCUCACCCCUUUGUACCUCAAGAUCUCCCCAUGGAACUGUCCUUUUUCCACUUUCCCAUCACCAGCAGGAAGACAACAGCCCUAGGACCAUCCUCAGUCCCUAUCCAUCCCCCAAAAUCACUCCUAGAUCUGCCCGACGCCACACCAUUGCUAUGACACUUUCGCCUUCCUGGGCCUACAUUGAUGAGCACCAUAACCUAUCAGCAAUACCUUGUACCCCAGUUCGAGACAAGUCCCCUCCCCUGACACUUGUGGGGGAAAAUAAGUCUGCGGAUAGUCUCUUGUCUGUCACUGCAGUGGAUUCCCCCUUGAGCCCCCCUACAUUAUUUCCAACCAGUGAUGUCAACCAAGGGGGCCUUCCAGUGGAUGUGGCAGUCUUGUCCAACCCCCAGGUUGAGGGUGGUGCCACAGAGACUCUGCCCAGUUCCCGCCUGGGCCACUUAUUCCAUAGACGCUCAAAACCACAAGUUCCAAGGACAGAGCGGCAGGAAAGCUCAGCCUUCAUUUCCUUCUUCAGGCGCCUUGGAGAGCGAGGAAGCCGCCAUGGUGAUGGUGAGCUGGAUUCCUGUGGCACUGAUUUCUGAAGGAUUGUGUAGGUUGUAGACCAUAAUUAUCCCCCCAACUGCUUUUGUUUUAACUCUUGUGGUUUGGAAUGAUUUUAUUAAAACCAGGGAAAACUGGACUCUGGUUUUAUUAAUCAGCGAAUCAUGUGGGAGGACAUAACUGGAUAGUUUUUACUAUUGGUGAAGGUACCCAAACCAUUCCGACUCCUUAUUUAGACAGUUUUUAGAAUAUAUUGAUACAGCGUAGUUUACAGGGCACAAACUCAUUUUUCCAUGGAUUCAAAUUUAUAUCUCAGGUUGAAAUUCCUGUUCAUUACAUUGUUCUUCAUGUAUUUCUUUUUGUGAUGCGGUCAAAAAUUGUUUUAUAUAUG